GCCACUCGCUUUCUACACGAGACUUCCCCUUCUUUUAUUUCUUCUUCUUCGUUUCAUACACAAUUUUAUUUUAUUUGAUUUUCCGGUUCUCUGAUCGGGAAGAAAAAGUCCACGAACAACAACACACGCCAUAUAAACCCCAAACCCGAAACUCCGCUUCAAUAUCUCUCUCUCUUAAAAGCGGUUACAAUCAAAAUGCGAUUCGGAUUUCUAGAACGAGUUUAAUUGAAUUCACUGCUAGGGUUUCUAUCUUUGUUUGGUUGAUUUGUGAUUUGAGUCGACAAUCAUGAUAAUGGCUGACGGGAGGUCGGGGAGUGUUAUGCCAGGUGGUGAAAUUAUGGCCGUUGGUGACGGUAAUAGCGGCGAUGGAGAGGAGGAGGAUUUGUCAAUGGAUGUCGAUUUGUUUUAUACAAUUCUCGGAGAAGAACCGUCGCCUGCUUCUCCGAGUGGUAAAGGAGAUUUUUUGGAUGAGACGGUGCUGGAUGCUGGAAAUAGCCGAAACUGGCUGCUCCAAAGUGGGUCUCAGAAGAUAGAAGGGGCAGAUGGGUUAGGGGGAGAAUCCAUGGAUCAUGCUGCCUACUCUUUGCACAAUCCAGAAGGUUCGGAUGCUAGGGCAGGGCAUUCGGGUGGUUCUAUUGAUUACACAGGGAGACAAAUGAGCUCUCUUAUGCAUGCUCGCUCUGGAAGUAGUAGAGAGUUUUGCUUCCCGUUUCAAGAAGAUCAGGGAACAAUGAGGGCAGGAGCGUCACAAUCAGAGAUAGCCAGUUGCAUUACAGAACCUACUACUUUUGCUGAUGGAGUGUCUAGCUUUGUUGCAGAUCAUGCAGGUGGUUUGAACCUAAAGCUUCUUUUGGAUGAUAAUGGAAACCAAUUGAGGCAUGUGGAAGGGAAUGUUGAAUCCAAAGGUUCUUCACAUGGUCCUUGGAUGGAUGGUUUGGAUGAGAAAUUUGGAUCACGUGAUGCUUUAGACAAUGAUAGCUUAGGAAUUCUAGAACUUAAAACUGAUAUUCAUAGAUCGAUGGUCAUGCCCUUGAUGGAUACAGAUCAUGAUAUGAUUUCUACCAAGUCCGCUGACUGGCAUUAUCCUGGUUUUAAUAGCGAACUAAGGGAUCAUGAUUCAGCUAUGCAAUUUGGCAUGAAUGGAUAUGAUGCACAUUAUACUGAUUCUUCAGGUUUUGAUUUUUCCAGUGAUUUUAAUUUUGGAUUAUUUCCCAUUAAUCAAGAAAUUAAUGAAUUUCAACCUGAGAAUGCAUGCUCUGGACCAGAGAUUUCGAUGAUGCCUUGCUCUGAUGUAAAUGGGAUGAAUUUUAAAUCUGAAGGUGAUGGCUAUAUGUUUCCAAAGACCAGAAAAUUUUCAUCAAGUGCUGAUGAUGGACUUAACCAUGACAAAGCAUCGGUUAUGCCACCCAGUGAUAUUCAGUUAGGCAUCAGUGAGGUCCAAACAGUUUGUGUAGAGGAUGAAAAAACCGAUGGAUUGGUUGCAUGUAGGAACAUGACAUGGCAGUCUGGUGAAGGUGUUACCGAAGCUGUUGACAGGAAGUGUUCUUGGAGCGAUGGAAACAGUACUUUUGUUUACAAAGACAAACAGCAGUCACCUUCUGGUGUUUUAUCAUCUGUGCAAAGUCAGAAGCAUGUGAUUUACACCAACGAUGACAGAGGGGGCAUGGCUCUUGGAUCUUCAAGAGCUCAAGUUGAGGGGAUUGCUGGUAGGUUUCCCUUCGAUAGUGUAUAUUUGAAUUUAAGUGCUUCAGAGCAGUAUUUGCCCUUUGCUCCGACAUCCCAUAUAAGCAAGAUGCAGCUGGGUUGUGGCAAGGAUGAAAAACAAGGCUUGCCUAUUCAUUCUAAGGCCUUGGGUUCUCAUCUUUCAAUAGUCAGCCCUGAAUCAAUUCAGAGUAAUUCAUCUGGUAGCAAAUCCCAUGUUGAUGAUGAACCUGAUAUAUGUAUUCUUGACGAUAUCAGUCAACCUGCUCGCUCAAACCAAUGUUUUGCUCCUAGUAAGCCCAUAGUUCCUUUGCUACACCCUACAUACAAUGAUUCACUUCAUCAUUCCACAGUAGAAGGCACAAGGUUCAAGGCCAAUGAUGAGCAACUUGUACUUCGAGUUGCAUUGCAGGAUCUUGCUCAACCAAAGUCAGAAGCUGUUCCACCCGAUGGUUUUUUGGCAGUACCACUUUUGAGACACCAGCGAAUUGCUUUGUCAUGGAUGGUUCAGAAGGAAACAUCUAGCUUGCACUGUUCUGGAGGAAUUCUUGCAGAUGAUCAGGGAUUGGGAAAGACAGUAUCAACCAUUGCGCUUAUACUCAAGGAAAGAGCUCCUUUAUGUCGAGUGGAUGCUGUGGCUGUUAAGAAAGAAGAGUGCGAGACCUUAAAUUUGGAUGAUGAUGACGAUGGGGUUAUUGAGAUUGAUAGAUUGAAAAAAGGUGCUGAUGGUUCUCAAGUUAAGUCAAAUCGAAGUUCAACAAAGAGCCUGAAUUCUCCUGGGCAAUCCAAGGGAAGGCCAGCUGCUGGAACUCUCAUUGUUUGCCCCACAAGUGUCUUGCGACAGUGGGCUGAUGAGCUGCAUACGAAGGUAACUACUGAAGCCAAUCUCUCUGUUCUAGUAUACCAUGGAAGCAAUCGAACAAAAGAUCCUUCCGAGGUGGCAAAGUAUGAUGUUGUUGUUACAACAUAUUCAAUUGUCAGCAUGGAGGUCCCGAAGCAGCCUCUGGCUGAUGAAGAUGAAGAGAAACAAAGAAUGGAAGGUGAUGAUGUUCCGCACCUAGGACUUUCAUAUGGUAAGAAAAGGAAAUAUCCUCCCACUUCUGGCAAAAAAGGUCUGAAGAAUAAGAAGGGAAUGGACAGUGCAAUGCUUGAGUCCAUUGCCCGGCCACUUGCAAAGGUGGCAUGGUUUAGGGUUGUCCUUGAUGAAGCCCAGAGCAUCAAGAAUCACAGAACUCAAGUGGCUAGGGCCUGUUGGGGUCUUCGGGCAAAACGCAGGUGGUGCUUGUCCGGUACACCUAUCCAAAAUGCAAUCGAUGAUCUCUAUAGCUAUUUCAGAUUCCUCAGAUAUGAACCUUAUGCGGUCUACAAGCUAUUCUGCUCAGCAAUAAAGGUCCCAAUUCAAAAGAAUCCAGCAAAAGGGUACAGAAAGUUACAAGCUGUUUUGAAGACAGUAAUGCUUCGUCGAACCAAAGGCACUCUUCUUGACGGGGAACCUAUUAUUAACCUUCCACCCAAAGUAGUAGAAUUGAAAAAAGUGGACUUUACAGAGGAAGAACGUGAUUUCUACACCAGACUAGAAAUUGAUUCACGAGCUCAGUUUAAAGAAUAUGCAGCUGCUGGAACUGUUAAACAAAAUUAUGUUAACAUCUUAUUGAUGCUGUUGCGUCUUCGACAAGCUUGUGAUCAUCCUCUUCUUGUCAAGGGUUUAGAUUCAAAUUCUCUAGGUGGAUCCUCAAUUGAGAUGGCCAAGAAGCUUCCUCAGGAGAAACAAUUAUGCCUUCUCAAAUGCUUAGAAGCAUCUUUGGCAAUCUGUGGCAUCUGUAGUGAUCCGCCUGAAGAUGCUGUUGUUUCAGUCUGUGGUCAUGUAUUCUGCAAACAAUGUAUCUGUGAGCAUCUUACUGGUGACGACAACCAAUGCCCUGUGUCAAACUGCAAAGUUCGCCUGAAUGUGUCUUCGGUGUUUUCCAAAGCCACAUUAAAUAGUUCUCUAUCUGACGAGCCUGAUCAAGAUUCUUCUGGUUCUGGUUCUGAGCUUGUUGCUGCAGUUAGCUCAUCCUCUGACAACCGUCCCCAUAAUUCAUCAAAAAUCAGGGCAACUCUUGAAGUCCUGCAAUCGCUCACUAAACCAAAAGAUUGUUUGUCUAAAUGCAAUUUGUCAGAGAAUUCUGCUGAUGGAAAUGUUGCUUGUCAUGAAACCUCAUCUGGUUCUACAGGCUCACUUAAUGAUGGAACUGAUAAAAGACACCCCCCAGCUAAGGUUGUUGGGGAGAAAGCCAUAGUGUUUUCCCAGUGGACAGGGAUGCUAGAUUUGCUUGAAGCUUGUCUUAAGAGUUCUUCCAUUCAGUACAGAAGACUGGAUGGAACAAUGUCAGUUGUUGCCAGAGAUAAAGCUGUGAAGGAUUUCAAUACCCUUCCAGAGGUAUCUGUUAUGAUAAUGUCUCUGAAAGCAGCUAGUCUUGGACUGAACAUGGUUGCAGCUUGCCAUGUGUUGCUUCUGGAUCUCUGGUGGAAUCCUACAACUGAGGAUCAGGCAAUUGAUAGGGCACAUCGUAUUGGGCAAACUCGUAAAGUUACAGUUUUGCGAUUAACUGUAAAAAACACUGUUGAAGAUCGUAUCUUAGCUCUCCAGCAAAAGAAGAGAGAGAUGGUGGCAUCUGCCUUUGGAGAGGAUGAAAAUGGUGGUCGUCAGACUCGCCUAACCGUGGAUGACUUGAAUUACCUAUUUAUGGUGUGAAGACAGAGUUCAAAUUUUUUUUGGCAGAUAUUCUUUCAGUAAAACCCAGAGAUCACCUACAGGUUCCUUUUCAGCAAAACUCAGAUAUCUAUCCGUAGGUUCCUAGCUGCUUGCCGUUGCAGAUGAAUAUUUGAGCCUUUGCCUGACUAGGUUCAACAAGAUAACAAAGGGAUAUAGGAUUUUCUGACUAGUAGAUAAGAUACGUGCAUAGUUGGCUUUGACGAUGAUCCAUUCUUUAUCCAUUUUUUUUUGUCGGUCUAACAGUGGAUCCUCUCAUUUUGUUUUCCACUACAGUGGGAUACAACAUAGGGUUACAGACUUACAGUAGUCUUAUAGCAAGUGAAGAUAAAGAGUUAUAUAGUUAUUGCUUUGAUGUUUUUCGUUCUCUCUCCAAUUGUAAAUGUUAAAAGGGUCUUUUUUUUUUC